AGCUCCUGCAGCCCGCGGUCAGCUGCACCGUCCGGCACUGCCCGACUCUGCGUGCCGUGGAUCCCCCGCACCGGCGAAGGCGCAGGAGAGCUGCCGGGCACGGGAGGUGCUGAUUCCCUGCCGGCGACCGCGGUGUCCCACCGAGCCGUGCCACGCCGGGGGAAAUGGGGCUGUGCGGGGUCUGCUUCCCUGCAGCUCUUCUCGUCCUCGCAGCUGCAGGGGUCCGGAGCCGGCAGGCGGGACCGUGCACCCUCCACGUGCUGGUGGCCCUGGAUGUCACCGACUACCAGCAAUCCAACCUGCAGCCCUACCUGGAGCGGGUCCUGCGGGACCUGACCGCGCUGGACCACCUCACCUGCAGCCCGCUCAACCUGAGCCUCAGCCUGCAGAGCACACAGCGGGAAGGGGAAACCCUCUUCCAGGAGCGGCUGCGGGAGCCCUGGAUGGACGUGCUGCAACGCCUGGCACGGGCGCACGCUUUCCAGCGCUCCUACCUCAACCAGCUCGCCCUGCAGAGCUUCCUCGGCACCCUGGCACGGCAGGCGGCUGAUGCCAAGGUGCUACUGGUGUUCACGGACGGGCUGGACGAUGAUGCGGGGAAGAUGAAGGAGGCGGCAACGUCGGCUUGGCUGCAAGACCAGGCUGACCUGCUGGUGACGGUGGCGGUGAACAACGUCACGGGGCUGGGGGACCUGCAGCAGAUGGAGUUUGGGAGAUGGCUGGCGAGCGGGCAGCACCUCACCGUGGACAUGCCGGAGGUCGGCGGGCACGUGGCGCAGGAGCUGCUGGCCCUGGCAGAACGGACGUGCUGCCAGAUGUGUCCCUGCACCUGCGUGGGGCUGCCCGGUCCACGAGGCCCCGGCGGCCCCCACGGGGGGAAGGGGGUGACAGGCAGCAAGGGGCGUGCUGGAGACGAGGGCGAGCAUGGACACAGCGGGGAGCAGGGACCGCGAGGUCUCCACGGCAGCCGAGGGAUGCAGGGAUGCCCAGGACAGUAUGGACAGAAGGGCUUCAUGGGUCACCCCGGGGAGCAGGUACGUCCCUGCCUCGUGGUUUAUCCUGCGGCUCCUGCGGGCAUCGAUGGUGGCCAAGGCCAUGGACAGCUGGCAGCGGCAGGGAGACCUCGAGGACGGGCAGGGAAGAGAGGGAUGCGGGGAGGGGAAUGGGAGAUGGUCAUGGUGGAGGGGUGGGAUGGCCUGGGGUGCUGCGGGAAAUGGGGCAAAGCCAGGACCUGGCUAUUGCACCCCAUGCCGUAUAACCUGGCACCAGACCGUGUCACCUCCUUGCAGGGACCUCCUGGAGAAGCCGGCUAUGACGGUGUGGACGGGGAGCAGGGUGAAGCGGGGACCCCCGGCCGCCCCGGAGAGAAGGGGUCCCGGGGGAGGCAGGGGCAGAAAGGUUCCCGGGGUGCCCGGGGGGAGAAGGGUCCCCCAGGCUCUUGCGGCGAGGUGGGGCCACCCGGGAGGACAAGCCCCGAGCCCGGCACCCCAGGGUGGAGAGGAGAUGGGGGUCCCCAGGGAGACCCCGGCCAGGAUGGUCCCCCGGGGCCAGCGGGGCCCCCGGGUCCCCCUGCUCACCCGACCUCGUGCCAGAAAGGGCAGCAGGGAGUGCAGGGCAAGAAGGGGAACCGUGGCAGCCCCGGCCCCGAGGGACAGAAGGGCUACGGAGGUGCCCAGGGGCUGCCGGGGCUGCGGGGGACGAACGGUGUCACCGGUCACCCGGGGCGCAGAGGACUUCAGGGUCUGCCCGGAGCCGAGGGCUCCCAGGGAGCAGCCGGACCAGCUGGUCCCAAAGGGGACAAGGGGCAGGCAGGAGACAAGGGCAAGAAGGGGAGUGUGGGACCGCGGGGACCCAAAGGCACCCUGGGUGAGAACGGGUGUGACCGGAGAGGUGCUCCAGGGAGGAAGGGUGACAAGGGCGCUCGGGGCCUGCCGGGAUACCCCGGGGCUCAGGGUGAUGGGGGUGAGAGAGGAUCCCCGGGGGACAAGGGUGCACGAGGGCUGCCCGGGCGCAGGGGCGAUCCCGGGAGCAGAGGAGAAGCAGGCAGCCGCGGCAGUGCGGGACCUCCGGGAGAGAUGGGCCCAAAGGGCUCGCCAGGCAUUCCCCCCUCCACGCCUUGCGAGCUCAAGGCUUUCAUCCGCCGGAGCUGCGUCACCACCUCGCCCUCCUGCCCGCUUUUCCCCACCGAGCUGGUUCUGGUGCUGGAAACCUCAUCCACCGUAUCGCCAGCCCUCUUCUCCCGCAUGAAGGAGCUGCUGGCCCUGCUGCUCCGGGACCUGCAGAUCUCCCCGUUGGGCUGCCCGGCGGGGGCCAGGGUGGCCGUGCUGGCCUACGCGGCCACCCCUACCUACCUGCUGCGUGCCGGGGAGAUGGGGAGCAGGACCGCGCUGCUGGACCGCCUCCGCCGCCUCUCGCCCACCCGUUCCUCCCGGCGCGGCCGCCUGGCCACCGCCAUGCGUUUCGUGGGGCACCACGUGCUCAAAAGGGUCCGGCCGGCCACCCUGGGCAGGAAAGUGGUCCUCUUCGUCACCAGCGGCCGAAACCAGCACCUGGAGGGCAUCGGGGAGGUUGCUCUGCAGUACGAAGCCCUGGGCAUCGUGCCGGCAGUGCUCACCUUCAGCCCGCUGCCAGAGGUGGUGCGGGCUUUCCAGGUUAACAGCCUCUUCCGAGUGGUCCAGCUCUCGGCGGCGGAGCCGGCUGGCGAUGCGGCGGUGCUGCAGGAUGCGGUGCUGCCCUGCAUCCUCUGCUUCGAUCUCUGCCGCCCCGAGAGCUGCACCGCAGCCGUGCCGUCCCCUGACCCGCUGGACGUGGACUUGGCCUUGGUGGUGGACAACGCAGCCCCAGGGAUGCUGGCGGAGAGGCUGGAGGCUGUCGGCGAGCUCUUCCACCAUCUCCUGGAGCACCUGCAGCUCACGGGGCCGGAUCUGGUGCAGCGUGGCACCCGCAUCGCCCUGGUGCUGACGGGACCCUCCACUCCCGGGCAGGGUUUGGCCGAGGUCCCCUUCGGGCUGCCCGGCUCCGGGGAGCAGCUCCGGGAGCGUCUCCACCUCGCCUUGGUGCCCAGGCCGGCUGCGGCAUCCGCCAGCGGCGCGGUGGUGUGGACCCUCCGGCACGUCUUCCCGCAGAGCUCCGGCGACCGGCUCCGCGUCCUCUUCGUGGUGGGGACGGGGGCCGCGUUGUUGUGGGACGGGGAGGCACGGCGGGCGCUGGCCCCCUUUGCCCCGUGUGAGGAUUUUGGCAUCUUGGUGCUCUCCCUGGGGCGAGCCGGGACAGAGCAGCCGGAGGCGGCUGUGCCGGAGGCGCUGCCGGCGUGGCGGUACCAUUCCCUGCGCCUGGGCUCGGUCCACCCACCCGAGAUGGGGUACGCGGAGAGGACGGCGCUGGGCUUCCUCAGGAGGCUGCGGGCGGAGAGCAGCCAGCGCCCCGGCACCCCGGGGUGCCCCCAGGAGGUGCCCCCCGCCGGCACCAGGACGGGCAAGCCCCCCCCAGGGACCCCUGCGCAGACCCCCGAGGUCCCCACUGGGAUGCCCACGGCACCCACCGGCCCCGGUAAGGGCCGGAGGGCUGCGGCCGUUCCCGGACCGUGCACCCUGGACAAGGACCCCGGCAGCGCCUGCACCCAGUUCUCCGUGAUGUGGUACCACCGGUGGGAGACGGGGUCCUGCGAGCGCUUCUGGUAUGGGGGCUGCGGGGGCAAUGCCAACCGCUUCGGCAGCGAGCAGGACUGCAUCCGCGCCUGCGUGGACCUGGGUCCUGAUGAAGCCGGCGUGGGCGAGAGCAACGUGACGCAGGCUGCCUGCCUGGAGGUGAGGGACCCGGGACCCUGCCACUCCUUCUCGCCCAAGUGGUUCUUCGAGGGUCACCAACCCGGCCGCUGCUCGCUCUUCUGGUACGGGGGCUGCGGCGGCAGCCGCAAUCGCUUCGAGAGCCGGGAGCAGUGCGAAGCCGCCUGCCUGUCCCCAGGCAAGGUGAACCCCCCGGCCCCCCACCCCGUCAACGCCUCUGCCUGCACCUCUGCGCCCGGCUGCUAGGGCUGACAGCCCCCUUAUCGGGGUUUGGGGUGCCUCCGGUCCCCCCCCCUCCGGGAUGCAGCACCCGGAGGCGCAGCGCUCGUCCUCUGCAAACCUCGCCUGCCCCUGCCUGCGCAGGCUCGAGAAACGAGGACACUUGAAUUAUUGCACAAGGACCUCGAGGUCCUGCCAAGUUUCUGACAGCUCAUCUUCAGCUGCUCCAUCACUGGGGGGGGGGGGGGAAGG